AUGAAAGAGCACCACCUGUCGGUGAUGUCUCUCGAGGAGUACGAGCCGAAUCGGGAAUUCGUCGGCAGAAACUUCAACGCUGGUGAAAUCAUACAGCUGGUGCUCAAAUCGCGAUCAGGGCGGUGGCUGCCGUUCGAGUACGUUCAAAUGGUCAUGAUGCACGAACUGGCGCACUGCAAGCAAAUGAACCAUUCCCGAGCCUUCUGGGCCGUGAGGAAUCAGUACGCAGAUUUGAUGCGAGGGCUGUGGCAGCGAGGAUACUCCGGCGAAGGGAUCUGGGGCCGCGGAGCUCAACUAGGGACGGGACAGUUCCAGAACAACGUCGCGCUGCCCGGAGAGCCGCUUCCAGAGCACCUCUGCGGCGGUACAUAUCGAUCUCGCGGCCGCAAACGUAAGAUCAAGCCUAAGCUGUCCUACAAGGAGCAAAAGGAGCGUCGAAUUUUCAAGAAGUUUGGUGCCAACGGCGUUGCGCUUGGCGCGGAUGAGGAGACGAAGGUCAAGCUGGAGGGCGGCAAGCGCACGCAGGCAAAACCUCGUGUGGCCGGCAGCGCUCGAGGGCGUGAGUUGCGGGCGGCGGCGGCGCUGGCACGGUUCGACAAGGUCAAGGAGGAGCCCGAAGAUGAAAUCAAAUUCGAGGUCAAGGACGAGGAUGACAGCGGCGAAAGCGAAUACGAAGACGACCCGGCAGACGUCAAGAACGAAGAUGCGAUCGACAUUGAUGGAAAGCCAAUCACUGAUGGCAAAGGCCGUGGGAUGAUCAAGGUUUGCGAGGACGAGAAUCCGGACGAUCAGGAUGCUCAGAACGAGCUUCAAGAGCUGCGCAAUUCGGUUCAGCGAUGGCGGCAGACGCAUCUUAAUUUCAAGCGCGAAAACGACUCCGCUGAGAUGACUGCGUCACGGAAUCGAUCGAGACAGCCGGAGGAACCGACCUCUCACGCACCAAGGCAGGUUGUACAGCCCCGAGUCAAGAUCAAGAAGGAGGAAGAUGAUGCCGAUGGCGAGGAGCCAAUUCUAAAUACCGCCAGUGCAAUCCCCACAAUCAAGAGAGAGGCAGAAGAUGCGCACCGGCUACCUUCAUCUUACCGUCUGAUCUCGCCGAACAGCGCGGCAUCCCCGUCUGAUAAGGAUGGGGCGACACAGCCUGUCACAACGUCGAUAACAAGGGCACCGGGGUCUGCUGAGGUGUGUGGAAUUUGUUCCUUUGCCAACCCGGUCCUGUCGAUAACUUGCACCAUGUGCUCGCAUGUGUUGGACCCGGCAAGCGUGCCGAACGCCUGGCGAUGUCGGAGCACCGCGUGUCAAGGCAGCGAGUACCUCAACCCGGGCGACUUUGGAGUUUGCGGAGUGUGCGGGCAGAGCAAAAAGCAAGGCCGGAGGUGA